AGUCCCCACAACUGUCAUUUCUGUCAUUUUCUACGUUAGCGAAGUCUCUUGUUGCAAAAGCGAUUACGAAGUUAUUUCGAGUUAUUUACCAAAAAUGAGCAGCGAUUUCGUGUGGGCUAUUAAGAACGGCGAUCUGGAGCAAGUAAAAGAUAUCAUAGAAAAAAAGGCUGUAAAUGUUAACGAAGAAGUUCAGGGGCGUCCUCUUAUUCUAUAUGCCGCAGAUUACGGCCAGGCAGACGUUAUAAGGUACCUUAUAUCAGCCGGAGCCGAUGUGAAUACGAAGGACAAGUUUGGAAUAACCGCUAUCUUAGCUGCGAUAUGGGAGGGUCACAAGGACUGCGUGAAGUUGUUGUUAGAAAAGGGGGCGAAAAAAGACGGAGUGGCCCCUGACGGUAAAACCUACUUGGAAUCGACUGAAAACACUGAAAUCCGGCAAUUAUUAAUGGCUUAAAACGACGACUAUAUUUUAGUUAUUUCAAUGUUAAUUUUCUCUAAUUUAUUUGUUCAGCGACUGAGUUAAGUUAAGAAUUUAUUUUCGGUUCUUAAAAUUUCCAAUUUGUGAUUGAGCAAAGUGUUUGAGAUUAGCAUUCUUUUAUUAUCGGAAUCGGUCAGAAAGGAAUGUUGUUUUUAUGAUAAAUCAAAUUAUAAAGCUGCCACACAUACUUGCAUACUUUGUAUAUUCAUGGUUUAUAAAUCUCAAGUUAAAACAAAAUGUUGGAAUUCUGCUUAUAUUUCUUUGAAGGUGCUACUUUUAAAAUUGAAUUCUCUUAUUUUUGAAAAAUGCGAGAUUAUCUUUUAGUAUUAAGAAUACUUUUAUUUACUCUAUUUAACUAUGUAUGUUGAUUUUGAACUCUAAUGAAAUCGGUUGUAAUUAUUUGAUAUAUUAGAGGUUUUACUGAACAAAAUUUUUACACACUCACACACCAAUGGGAAUCUAUUUUUUUAUAUUUGCAAUCUCUUGUUCAUUAUUAUCCUCGAAUAGUCGGGAUGAUGACUAUAAAGAAAAAUUACUGAGUUAAUUAGCAUUAACUAAAUUGUUUUGACUUUAGAUUUUUUCUGUAUCGAUAUAUAUUUUUAGAUUUUACUGUCUUCAUGUACUUAACUGCACGAAAAAUGAAUUUACUUUUGAUUUCUACAGAAUGUUCAAUUCUUUAAGUUUUCUCUCGUCUUUAAAAGGUUAAGAAAAUUCAUUUUUUUAAUUGUAUUUUAUAGAUGUAAUUUGUCCGUAAUCUCCAUCGAACGCACAGUGAAUAAUAUUUAAUUGUGCCAAUCUGGUAAAUCAAAACUUUUAAAGAGGCUUGGACACAUAUCCAAUAAUUUUUGAUAUAUUUUUUACCUGUAUUGUAAAAUUAGAUUGUGCAUUUUGUGUUUCGGAUAAUUUGAAUUCUGUCCAGUUUUAAAAUUAUGUGGAAAUGCUGGAAGAGGCUCUUACGGGAAUUUUUAAAUUUAUAGAUCGCUUAUCGAGUACUUGUGCUGUCCGUAGAUGAUGAACUAUUUUAUUGAAAUCAAUAUAUAGAAUGCUUUUUUUUGUUUUAGUAGGUCCAAAGGUGUAAUAUUAUUUUUAUUAAAAAUUUUUUGUAUAA